CGCCCACCUGAGCCCGCCGCGCCCACCUGAGCCCGCCGCCCGUGCGCCGGCGCCAUGGCGGAGCAGGAGAGCCUGGAGUUCGGCAAGGCGGACUUCGUGUUGAUGGACACCGUCUCCAUGCCCGAGUUCAUGGCCAACCUCAAGCUCAGAUUUGAGAAAGGACGCAUCUAUACAUUUAUUGGAGAAGUCGUUGUCUCUGUGAAUCCUUACAAGUUGCUGAACAUCUAUGGGAGGGACACAAUUGAGCAGUACAAAGGGCGUGAGCUGUAUGAGAGACCACCUCAUCUCUUCGCUAUUGCUGAUGCUGCAUACAAGGCUAUGAAGAGGCGAUCAAAAGACACCUGUAUUGUUAUAUCAGGGGAAAGUGGAGCUGGUAAAACGGAAGCCAGUAAGUACAUUAUGCAGUACAUUGCGGCCAUCACCAACCCUAGCCAGAGAGCAGAGGUGGAAAGAGUGAAGAAUAUGUUGCUUAAGUCCAACUGUGUUUUGGAAGCUUUUGGAAAUGCCAAAACCAAUCGUAAUGACAACUCAAGCAGGUUUGGAAAAUACAUGGAUAUCAACUUUGACUUCAAAGGAGAUCCUAUUGGUGGACAUAUCAAUAACUACUUACUGGAGAAGUCUCGAGUGAUUGUGCAACAGCCAGGGGAAAGAAGCUUUCAUUCUUUCUAUCAGCUGCUCCAAGGAGGUUCAGAGCAGAUACUACGUUCUCUACAUCUCCAGAAAUCCCUUUCAUCCUACAACUAUAUCCAUGUCGGAGCUCAAUUAAAGUGUUCUAUCAAUGAUGCUGCAGAAUUCAAAGUAGUAGCUGAUGCCAUGAAAGUAAUUGGCUUCAAACCUGAGGAGAUCCAAACAGUAUAUAAAAUUUUGGCUGCUAUUCUUCACUUGGGAAAUUUAAAAUUUAUAGUAGAUGGUGACACGCCUCUUAUUGAGAAUGGCAAGGUUGUAUCCAUCAUAGCAGAAUUGCUCUCUACUAAGACAGACAUGGUUGAGAAAGCCCUUCUCUUCCGGACUGUGGCCACAGGCCGCGACAUUAUCGACAAGCAGCACACAGAACAGGAAGCUAGCUACGGGAGAGAUGCCUUUGCCAAGGCGAUAUAUGAACGCCUUUUUUGUUGGAUCGUCACUCGCAUCAAUGAUGUUAUUGAGGUCAAGAACUAUGACACCACAAUCCAUGGGAAAAACACUGUGAUUGGUGUCUUGGAUAUCUAUGGCUUUGAAAUCUUCGACAACAAUAGCUUUGAACAGUUCUGCAUCAAUUACUGCAAUGAGAAACUGCAGCAGCUGUUCAUUCAGCUGGUCCUGAAGCAGGAACAAGAGGAGUACCAGCGGGAGGGCAUCCCAUGGAAGCACAUUGAUUACUUCAACAACCAGAUCAUCGUGGACCUGGUGGAGCAGCAGCACAAGGGCAUCAUCGCAAUCCUAGAUGACGCCUGCAUGAAUGUUGGCAAAGUCACCGAUGAAAUGUUCCUGGAAGCACUGAACAGUAAACUGGGCAAACAUGUCCAUUUUUCCAGCCGAAAGCUCUGUGCCUCAGACAAAAUCCUGGAGUUUGAUCGAGAUUUUCGAAUCCGGCAUUACGCAGGUGAUGUGGUAUAUUCUGUCAUUGGUUUUAUUGACAAAAAUAGAGACACUUUAUUUCAAGAUUUCAAGCGCCUCAUGUAUAACAGUUCAAAUCCUGUGCUGAAGAAUAUGUGGCCUGAAGGUAAACUGAGCAUUACAGAGGUGACCAAGCGGCCCCUGACCGCUGCCACCUUGUUCAAGAAUUCCAUGAUUGCUCUAGUGGACAAUCUUGCAUCGAAGGAACCAUAUUAUGUACGUUGCAUCAAACCCAAUGACAAAAAGUCCCCACAGAUAUUUGAUGAAGAACGCUGUCGGCAUCAAGUAGAAUACCUUGGGCUCCUGGAAAAUGUGAGAGUCCGUCGGGCAGGGUUUGCCUUCCGCCAGACCUAUGAGAAGUUUCUUCACAGGUAUAAGAUGAUCUCUGAAUUCACCUGGCCCAACCAUGACCUUCCUUCAGACAAAGAAGCUGUCAAGAAGCUGAUAAACCAAUGUGGUUUUCAGGAUGAUGUAGCUUAUGGGAAGACCAAAAUUUUCAUCCGAACACCCCGUACGUUGUUUACCUUGGAAGAACUCCGUGCUCAGAUGCUUGUAAGGAUUGUCCUCUUCCUCCAAAAGGUGUGGCGGGGCACGCUGGCCCGCAUGCGGUACAAGAGGACAAAAGCUGCCCUGACCAUAAUCAGGUACUACCGGCGCUACAAAGUGAAGUCGUACCUCAAGGAGGUGGCCAGACGCUUCCAGGGCGUCAAGACGAUGAAAGACUAUGGGAAGCACGUGAAGUGGCCCACCCCUCCUAAAGUGCUGCGUCGCUUUGAGGAGGCCCUACAGGCAAUUUUCAAUAGAUGGAGAGCAUCCCAGCUCAUCAAGAGCAUACCUGCUUCCGACCUGCCCCAGGUCAGAGCAAAGGUUGCAGCCGUGGAAAUGCUGAAGGGUCAAAGGGCUGACCUGGGGCUCCAGAGGGCCUGGGAGGGCAACUAUCUUGCUUCGAAGCCAGACACACCUCAGACCUCAGGCACCUUUGUCCCCGUUGCUAAUGAACUGAAACGGAAGGACAAAUACAUGAAUGUCCUCUUUUCCUGUCAUGUCCGUAAGGUGAAUCGAUUUAGUAAGGUGGAAGACAGAGCAAUUUUUGUCACUGACCGUCACCUGUACAAAAUGGAUCCCACUAAACAGUACAAAGUGAUGAAGACUAUCCCCCUGUACAAUUUGACUGGUCUGAGCGUCUCCAAUGGAAAGGACCAACUUGUCGUGUUCCAUACGAAAGAUAACAAAGACCUCAUUGUCUGCCUCUUCAGCAAGCAGCCCACCCAUGAGAGUCGAAUUGGAGAACUUGUUGGAGUCCUGGUGAAUCAUUUCAAGAGUGAGAAGCGUCACCUUCAAGUGAACGUCACCAACCCCGUGCAGUGCAGCCUCCAUGGGAAGAAGUGCACCGUCUCCGUGGAGACGCGGCUCAACCAGCCGGAGCCUGACUUCACCAAGAACCGCUCGGGCUUCAUCCUCAGUGUGCCGGGCAACUGACCCUCGGAGUGAGAUGGGCCGGGACGGGGGGCUGGACCCGGGACGAAGCUGCCGUGGGGCUCAGCCUCCCUCAGCAUCGUAGGUUCCAGCCUAAUUGCUGCAGCCCUGCUAGUGCCGCUCGAUAUCAGCUUGCAAGCUCCCCGCCAGGCGGGCCCCUCCGCUGCGUCCCUGCGGCCGCUGCCCUCGAGGUGGUCCUGCUGCCUUUCUGCCUUGGUCUCCAUCUUCUGCUGUCUCAGCUUUCCGCGGUCCCUGCUCAGUAAACCAAAGGCCCUGGAGCCCCGCCCCAGACCCCUGGGCCAGCAGCCAGCCCACAUCUCGCCUCAGAGGCCCCUGGGUGACCCUUUAGCCUGCAGCGGCCCGAGACAAGGACCGGCCGCUGACCCCAGGAGAGGAACAGGGCAGGGAGCCCAGGAUGCAGUUUCCCCAGCCAAAGACACGCUCCCCCGAGGACGGGGAGGUCUCGGGGGCGAAGGCCUGCUCUCGUCCGGAAGCGAUCACCCUCAGGGCCUGGCCCGGAGCUCCCCGCAGACCCCCAGCCCCCAGCAGCCAGCCAAAGCCGCCAGGUGAGCAGGUCCACCUGUAGCACCAGCCCCUCGGCCACGCCCAGCUGGGCAGCCUCUUUCCCGGAGCCCCCUGCCUCUGGCAGACUCCCCUGGCCACCAGGGCCGGGCCCAGGCCUUCCGGCCGCCUCUGCCAAGAAGCAGUGUGCGGAGGGGCGGCCGGCCACCGUCUCGGCCGCAGCCCCAGCUGCAGUCGCCUCACGCUCGUUUCUGCAGCGCUCUGGUUGCCAGUCAGAUAAUGUGCACCCUUCCUAAGAAAACGCGGGGGAGCGCUGGCGACUGCCACCUCCCUGCCGCAGGGCCCCCUGGGUCUCCCAGUCACUGGGAGAGCGAGGGCCGGCCGCAAACCGCGUGGGGUCCUGGCACUGCAGGCCAGGCCAGGGCGCCCGGCGCCCGCAGGCCCCUCCGGGGAGAGCUGCCGUCUUGUGCCCCGCACCGAGUGCCUGCGCUUCAGAGGCCCCGAGACCUCCGGCCUCCGCUGCGGAGCGGGUGCUGCGGCCUGCGGGCAGCCAGGCCGUGGGCGGGGAGCCCUGGGAGGAGAGCCUGGGAGCAGGCACCCGAUGUUCUAAGCGGGUGCGAGGAGCCCACACCUCAGGAGGAGCUGGCGGGGGCACAAAAGGGACAGACUGAAGUUUUCUCCGCUUUCUGCCACGAACGCUGCCUCGCGCCCGCUCCUUCCGCCCCGACCCAGCGGAACCCCCGGGGCUCGCCCGGGGCGGAUGUGGUCACGGCUGCGCACGGUGGUCCCAGCAGCCUGGUCUCAUGCCCUCCCCUCCCCGGGCUUGGUACUAUGUGCAAUCUGCAACGCAGAGUCCCACUGGCGCCCUGCCCCUGGGACCCCUCUCACCCUCAGGCCUGGCCAGCUGCCCGCACGGGGAGAGGCGCCCAGUGUUGCCAAUCGCCGCUAGCGCUAGCGGAGCCGUCUAACUGGAACCGCGCCUGUCCCUUCCGCCCCGCUCCCCGGACGCGCUUCGCACUAGGCACACGCAGAUACAUGCUUUAAGCCCCCGACAGACCAUGCCAAAUGAGCUGCCUGUCAGCCUAGCGAGGAACGAAGACCGUGGACUCCUCUGCCCCCCCUGGGGUUCAGCCCGUGGCCGGCCCCACAGCGGUGCCAGGGCCUGUCGCCAGGGCCAGAGGGCUGUGGCUGUCCGCAAGCACUUCUUCAUGGCACACUCGAAGCGGCCACCGCGCGUGGCAGGGGAGAGGACGGCGAGGUUAGGGUGUGCUUGGUCCUGAGAAUGCUUCGGGGUGCAGAGGGGACGGGCAGUGAUUGUAAGCAAUGAAGCGGUUUCUCUUGUUUUAAUUAAAUGUAGUUUUAUGGUUUGGUGCAUAUAUUCCUAUUUUCCAUUAAAUUAACUUUAUUUCUAAAGCAUAUUUUGAUUUACCAUCCAGAGCAAUAAAGCAUUAAAUCUUA